UUUUAGACUUGGGCUGGGAAUUCUGGGAGAGAUAGGCUGCUAGAAGUGCCUAAACCUGUAUCGUUUCAUUCCUGUUCAUCAAUUACGUUCAUAAUCAACAACAAUUUUCCCUCCUUCGAUCCUGGUAUCUAUCAUUGGUAUCAGAGCAUCAUUCUGGUGACCUGAUUUCUCGUUGCAUCAUCAGAAAUUUUUCGUUCCAAGCUGUGACUGUUUCGGACAAGAGCCAAGAUGGAACAGCGAUUGGAGGCUGUUGAACGCAGUUAUGCAAAUGGGAAAGAAACAUUGCUGCGAAUGGAAGCAAGGAUGGAGGAGAUGUGGACUAAGCUGGACGAGUCUGUGGACAGUUUCCGUCAGUUUUGUCGCAGGCGACCUAGAGAUCGAUCGCGGACAGACAGGAGCCGUCGAUCAUCAGAAACGAAGGACUCAGCACCGGAAAAGAAGUCACGACCGAUUUCUUCUGGUUCGCAGUCGCGAAUGAAUACCCCCUGUUCGCAGACUGCAUCGCGCGUAGCAGCUUCUAGCUCGCAAUCGCGAACUUCUUCGCAAUCGCAAGCCGUUUCUCACAGUAGUUCGCAGAAAUCGUCGCAGUCAGCAUCGUCUUUUAUUUCUCCUAGUUCACAGAUACGAACUACCUCUCUCAGUUCGCAUCUCAUUCCGAAGGCGUUUUCAUCUGCUAUUCACUCGCAUCAGAAUGCAACUCUAUCCAGAGAGAAAUCUGAUUGUGCGCAAAUUUUGUCUCAGGUCUCUUCUGAAUCGCUGACCGCAUCUCACAGUUCAUCAACUCUAGCCGUUUCUCACACUUCGCAGUCGCUAAGGACUUCUUUCAGUUCACCAUCGCAAACUGAUACAUCGCAUCCUCCGGAUUAUGUGAGUCUACUGCCACUUCCUUAUGACAAAAUGAAUUCGAAGCAAUUUGACAAAAAUACAUCUAAGCUCAACAAAAGUGAAGAUGGACGCCAGGAACAAUCAUCUGUUGUUCAGGUUCAUAUUCCUGAAAUUCGAUCGGUUGCAGGGAUGAUAAGAAAAUUUCCUAGUUCAUUCGCUUCUCUUACUCUCGUACAUAUGGAUGGAAAACACAAGGACAAUAGGAAACUAAAUCAGGUAAUAAAUGAGAGCACUGAAUUCUUGUUCUCCAAAGUCAUUCCUGGAAAAUAUAGUUGUAAAGUUAGGAAUUCUUUAGGAGUGCUUUAUGAGGAAGACAGAUGGUAUGGGGAUAAAAAUUUGGCCUACUUUGGACAUUCAGUUCAAAAGAACAUAAGGGAUGCUAAUGAACAUAAGGUUGUCAUGCUUCUAUCCUUGGACUCCUCAGAUAUGGGACUGAAAGGGGCUGAUAAUUUUACUUUUGGUAGCAGUGUUGAAGAAAAGGUUGAUGAAAUAAAAGAGAUUGGUGCUGUUGACAAUUUUAAGAAUCAUGGUGAUGUUAUUGGCUUUAAUUCAGAAUACCAAUGGGGUGGAACCAAUGUGAAUCUGGACAAUACUAUCCAGGCUGCUGUAUUGAAUGUCCCCAAGUACCUUGUUUCACCCACCAACUCGUGGCUUGGCACUUUGACAGGAGGGCAUGAACUGAACUUUCAGAGAUCAGUUUUAUCCAGUGAAGGAGCAGUUCAGGGAGUGGGGUAUACCCAUGCCAAAGCAUUAUCAAGGUUCUGUAAAGCUAUUGUUCAGGCGAGGCAAGGUCAAGGGAAUUGCUUGGAGAAAUAUGUGCACAAGGAGCGGGUUUUGGGGGAAAUUACCCAAAGGCAGUAGGGUCAGCUUAUGAUAAUAAGGAAUACUCUUACAUGAAGGGUAAUAGGGUGAAGAAUGACUAUAUCCUGGAAAAAGAGAAUUUUGAGAAAGUUGUUGAUUAUGAUAAGUCUGUGUGGUUCUACAACUUUAGGGCUAUCGUAUCUGUGGUGAAGAGCUUGGAAAGCAUUAGUACUAGUGCAGUUAUAACAGCUCUAGACUCUUCCACUAACUUUUUGAGUGUUGCUAUUGGAAACGAAUCUGGCCAAGUUCCCUAUGACAUGCUUAGCAGCAACUCUGGCUCUCAGAAAGCAAGAUUGCAUUUGCUCAUUGAACCCAACGCUGAAGUUUCCCUUUUCCCAAGUGGUGCUUGGUACCAAUGCACCGCUAUCUUUUCGCUUGUCAGUUCCCCAGUAUGCAUCUGGCAGUCCAUGGCAUCAGGAUCCAAAUGGGUUAUGGGGCUUGAAAGCCGCCAGGUUGUUCUGUUUGAUAUUGGUCCACCCUCGGUUUUGUUUCUAAUGUACAGUCCCUCUAUCUCAAGAUUUCUAAUCUUAUCUACUAAGGCAUCUAUGGGUCUUCCUCAAAGCACGGUGAAACCAGAAGGUAGAAUCUCAUAUGAAAGUGAGGAAGAACUUUCUUGGUGCUUAACCAAAGGUGGCGGACACAUUAUUUUAAUGACUAGCAGCAUUGGCAGUUUGACCUAUUCGCAGCCAGCGCAUCCAGAAAAGGAUAUUGAAAGAAAAGAUCAAACAGAAGCAUCUGAUCAUGAGGAACAAAACAAUUACAAUGAUCCCGAAAAUCAGUGUGUUUCUCAGGAAAGCAAUCUCAUGGUUCCGCCAUCAGUUAGCUACUGGGAAGGAAGAGGUGCUCGGAUGAAGAUGAAGUUGAAGAUCAAGGCUUUGUCCUAUCACCCACCUUGAGGACAAGGUGGGUUUUCAAGGGGGGAGAUAUGAUAGGGCCCUGGGCUGUAGAGAAUAAUGAUAAUAACAGUGAUAGAUUGAUAUUGAAUAAGUUUGGUAUUGUAUAAAUAAGUAUUCUGGGCCAUGUCAUAUAAUAUGGGCUGGCCCGUUAGAAUAGAGUACUAUAAGAGAUGGAAGGAAGGGAGGAAAGGGGUGUUGGCUCUAUCCUUCCAAAAUCAACGUGUUGACCGUGUUGCUCCUAAGUUGACCUCAUUGACCAUCUAACUCUGAGAAUUGAC